AUGAACUGCACGGCGUUUAACCAAACGGACGGCGGCAUGUUUUCUAACCGGACUGAGGAGAUGCUGUGCUGUAACUUCUCCUCGGUGGUGACGGAUGAUGGAUUUGCGGCGGCUGCACAGGACGAUGAGCGCAGUGUGUUCAUCAUGCGCGCAGUUCAAAUCGCAGUCAUGUGCGUGCUCUCCCUCACCGUCGUGUUCGGCAUCUUCUUCCUUGGCUGUAACUUGCUCAUCAAGUCUGAGGGCAUGAUUAACUUUUUGGUGACGGACCGGAGACCGAGUAAAGAAGUGGAAGCGGUGAUUGUGAGCGUUUAUUAGCGCGCAACAGCGCCGGAAAUCUUGGAGACGCCAUGCACAGACGCACCUGUUUCUGCAGUUUACACAGAUCAAGCUGUGUUCUAAACUGCACAAUUAUUUUUCCCAAACAGUUCUGCAUAGUGCUGUUUAACGCACUGUCUGGGGUGCACCAUACUCCUGCGUUGUGUGUGAUGGAGAGACCCUGCGAGUUCGUACUUAGCCAAAGUGUUUAAAUACUCACACCGCUGAACUUCCAAAAAAAAACACCUUAACUAUUUAGAACCAGAACUAUUAUAUUGAUGUUAAAUUCAAAUCAAUUUUAGGAAAGUAUUUCUUUUUAGCGCGCUGAAAGUGUUCCACACACCGUGCAUGUUUUACAGUCUGCUCCAGGCAGUGGUUCAUUUUAAAGUUUCUUAUUUUAUGUAUGUUACAUUUUUGUAAAACUGAA